UAUAUUGUGAAUGGCAAAUAUGCUUUUGCAUAUGCGCUUUUAAAUCUAGCGCGCUUAAUAAUUAAUAAUUUAAAUACAAUGGGCGUCAAGGAAUUGUGGUCGGUGUUAACGCCACACGCUCAGCGCAAACCGAUUAGUGAGUUGAGGGGGAAGAAGGUGGCCAUCGAUCUCGCUGGUUGGGUGUGUGAGAGUCUCAAUGUUGUGGAUUACUUUGUGCAUCCGCGUCAUCAUUUAAAAAAUCUCUUCUUUCGCACCUGUUAUCUCAUCUGGGAGCAGGUGACGCCAGUGUUUGUGCUGGAAGGAGUUGCACCCAAGCUGAAGAGUCAAGUGAUUGCCAAACGCAACGAGCUGCAAUUUCGAGGAGUGCGUCCAAAACAAAAGGACGACACACAACAGACAGCAAAUAAAGCUAAAGGUGAUAAAGGGGACAAAGGUCGCACUCGGUUCAAUCAUGUGCUAAAACAAUGCGAGAAUCUCCUGCUCUCCAUGGGAGUCCAGUGUGUCCAGGGACCAGGAGAAGCCGAAGCCUAUUGUGCCUUCCUCAACAAGCAUGGGUUGGUCGAUGGCGUCAUUAGUCAGGAUUCGGACUGCUUUGCCUAUGGAGCUCUGCGCGUCUAUCGCAACUUUUCGGUGUCCACGCAGGGAACUCAAGCAGCUGCCGGCGGUGCCGUAGACAUCUAUGACAUGCAGGAGAUUUGUGGGCGCAUGGACUUUGGUCAACAGAAGGUCAUCGUGAUGGCGCUGCUCUGUGGCUGCGACUAUUGUCCCGAUGGCAUUGGCGGCAUCGGCAAGGAUGGUGUACUGAAACUCUUUAAUAAGUACAAGGACUCUGAAAUACUGGAUAGACUGCGCAACUGGCGAUCUGAGAUGAACACUUACAGUGCUUUGGAGCUGCGUGUGGAUGACAAGACUAUUUGCAGCCACUGUGGUCACAUUGGACGCACCCAGAGUCACUCCAGGAGCGGCUGCAGUGUCUGUGGCACACACCGAGGCUGCGACGAGAGCCUAUGGAAGGAACAACGUCUGUCUAUAAAGGCGGAACUGAUGCUGCGUAGAAAGGCACUUAGCGAUGUCCACUUUCCCAACGAAGAGAUCAUAUCCGAGUUCCUCAGCGAACCAAGCACAAUACCCAAUUUAAAUCUCAACUGGCAGCAACCGAAUCUUGUUAAAUUUAUUAAACAAGUUGGACAUUUGCUGCAAUGGCCGGAAAUCUAUUGCUUUCAAAAGUUCUUUCCCAUCUUAACACGCUGGCAGGUGCAGCAGGAGCCGAACUCUAAGACAUCUCUAGUCCAGCCCAGGGAGAUAAUCAAGAAGCGUGUGGUUAAAGGUGUUGCCAGCUUGGAGUUGUGCUGGGAGGACACUCGAGGUUGUUUUAAUGGACUGAUACCGCAGGAUCAAAUUGAUGAAUUUAAUCUAGAACAUGCCAAGGGCAUUGAGGAACUUUACUCCACCAUUGAGCCACUGGACAUGUUACAGAAUGCAUAUCCAGAUCUUGUGACUGCCUUUUUCAAAUCCAAGGAGAAGCCAGCCAAAAAAGUCAAGCGAAAAAAGGACAAUUUGGAGUUGGAAAAUAAGUUGAAAGCCAAGUCAAAACCUGGACAAAAAACAUUGCAUCAGUUUCUGCAGCGCCAAGAGGAUUCACCAGUCAAGCUGCCCGCUCGGCAGAUGGCCAAACAAUGCUCCACACCCAUCCAUAAGUGUUUGCCCUCCGACUUGGACAGCGAUGGUGAAUUUGACAUGUCUGAUAUUAUAAAUGGAAUCGUUGCCAAUCCUCAAGCAUUGCCUGCUGUCCAGAAGCAUGCUGGAUAUUUAUUGCAUUACAAGCCAUUGGCUGAGGACUUAAGCAUGCAACUCGCGGAGCUGAGUUUGGAGCCAGAGAAGCCAUCAAAGAAUCAACAGUCAAAUCCCAAUCUCUCAAUGCAGACACAAAGCAAACACUUCGCGCAGGACGACAGUUUCGAUCUGUUGGUUAAGGGCGGGCAGGAGAAGCAGUCAGUGCCACAUCUGAUCCGUACUCCUUUGGAGCGUUUCAAGCAGCAGCAUCGCCUAUCCAAUGCAGCGAAUACGAGGACACACCAAAGUCCAAGUCCAAAUCGGAGUUACUUCUUCAAUCAGAGCGUUGAUGAAGCUGAUGUCUUUGAGCAAUUGAUGGCCUCCAGUAUGAGGAUGAAUUCGCAGGAAGAUCAAGAUCUGGUGGUCAUAAGCGAUAGUGAUUAACCUGCUUUAUGUACAUCUCUAUUUAGUCAGUUUUAAAUGUUCGCUCACAAUGGCAA